CCUCUGUGCGUUGCCGGUGUUGUGAACUGCGCACAAUAAUAAAGCUGUUAUCAAAGAAAAGAGCGCUCUUGCCUUAGCCUUUAUUUAAUUUUUUUAGGGAGUAAUUCAGGAAGUAUCAUGUAUGACCAAGAUGAAGACAUCCAAUAUGAUGAGGAUGAUGAUGAAAUCACCCCUGAUUUGUGGCAGGAAGCCUGCUGGAUUGUUAUCAGCUCUUACUUUGAUGAGAAGGGUCUUGUGCGUCAGCAGCUGGAUUCUUUUGAUGAGUUCAUUCAGAUGUCCGUGCAGAGGAUUGUAGAGGAUGCCCCUCCCAUCGAUCUCCAGGCAGAGGCCCAGCACACCUCAGGGGAGGUGGAGGAGCCGCCAAGAUACCUGUUGAAGUUUGAACAGAUCUACCUGUCUAAACCCACCCACUGGGAGAGAGAUGGGGCACCGUCACCCAUGAUGCCCAAUGAAGCCCGACUCCGAAAUCUAACGUACUCUGCCCCACUGUAUGUGGAUAUCACCAAAACUAUCAUCAAAGAGGGGGAGGAGCAACUGCAGACACAGCACCAGAAAACCUUCAUUGGCAAAAUUCCCAUCAUGCUUCGCUCCACAUACUGCCUGCUGAGUGGUCUGACAGAUCGUGAUCUUUGUGAGCUGAAUGAGUGUCCUCUGGACCCUGGGGGUUACUUUAUCAUCAAUGGCUCAGAGAAGGUGCUCAUUGCUCAGGAGAAGAUGGCUACAAACACAGUGUAUGUGUUUGCCAAGAAGGACUCCAAGUAUGCAUACACGGCCGAGUGUCGCUCCUGCCUGGAGAACUCAUCUCGUCCCACCAGCUCAAUCUGGGUCAGCAUGAUGGCCAGGGGUGGACAGGGGGUGAAAAAGAGUGCUAUUGGCCAAAGGAUUGUCUCCACACUCCCCUACAUUAGGCAGGAAGUCCCCAUCAUCAUUGUGUUUCGUGCUCUGGGCUUUGUGUCUGACAGAGACAUUCUCGAACACAUAAUCUAUGACUUUGAUGACCCUGAGAUGAUGGAAAUGGUGAAGCCUUCUUUGGAUGAAGCCUUUGUGAUUCAAGAGCAGAAUGUGGCAUUAAACUUCAUUGGAUCAAGAGGUGCCAAGCCAGGUGUUACCAAGGAGAAGAGAAUCAAGUAUGCCAAAGAGGUGUUGCAAAAGGAGGUGCUGCCCCAUGUGGGGGUCAGUGAUUUCUGUGAGACUAAGAAGGCCUACUUUUUGGGCUACAUGGUACACAGACUCCUUCUGGCUGCUCUGGGCAGACGAGAACUAGAUGACAGGGAUCACUAUGGUAACAAGAGGCUUGACCUGGCUGGUCCUCUGCUGGCCUUCUUGUUCCGUGGAAUGUUUAAAAAUCUGUUGAAGGAGAUUAGAAUAUAUGCCCAGAAGUUCAUUGACAGAGGGAAAGAUUUCAAUUUGGAGUUGGCCAUCAAGACGCGCAUAAUUUCUGAUGGGCUGAAGUACUCACUUGCUACUGGGAACUGGGGAGACGUUAAGAAGGCUCAUCAGGCCAGAGCUGGGGUGUCACAGGUAUUGAACCGCUUGACCUUUGCCUCUACACUCUCCCACCUGCGGCGAGUCAACUCCCCCAUUGGAAGAGACGGCAAACUGGCAAAACCCAGGCAGCUGCACAACACACUGUGGGGCAUGGUGUGUCCCGCAGAGACCCCUGAGGGUCAUGCUGUCGGGUUGGUGAAGAACCUGGCACUCAUGGCGUAUAUUUCCGUUGGCUCUCAGCCAUCCCCCAUAUUGGAGUUCUUAGAAGAGUGGAGCAUGGAGAAUCUGGAGGAAAUUUCUCCUGCAGCCAUUGCAGAUGCCACCAAGAUUUUUGUUAAUGGCUGCUGGGUGGGGAUCCACAAGGACCCAGAACAGUUGAUGAAUACACUGAGGAAGUUGAGGAGGCAGAUGGACAUCAUUGUGUCUGAGGUGUCGAUGAUCCGAGACAUCAGGGAGAGAGAGAUCCGGAUCUAUACAGACGCUGGGAGGAUCUGCCGCCCUCUGUUGAUUGUGGAGAAGCAAAAGCUACUGCUGAAGAGGCGGCACAUCGACCAGCUGAAGGAAAGGGAGUACAACAACUACAGUUGGCAAGAUCUGGUGGCCAGUGGGGUGGUGGAGUACAUUGACACACUAGAGGAGGAGACUGUGAUGCUGGCCAUGACCCCAGAUGACCUGCAGGAGAAGGGUGUGGCCUAUUGUUCCACAUACACCCACUGUGAGAUUCACCCUUCCAUGAUUUUGGGUGUCUGUGCUUCCAUCAUUCCUUUCCCUGAUCACAAUCAGUCACCCAGAAACACAUACCAGUCAGCUAUGGGUAAACAAGCUAUGGGGGUGUACAUCACCAACUUCCACGUACGCAUGGACACCCUGGCCCAUGUGCUUUACUACCCCCAAAAGCCCCUGGUGACCACGCGCUCCAUGGAAUACUUGCGAUUCCGAGAGUUGCCAGCAGGCAUCAAUUCCAUUGUGGCAAUUGCAUCAUACACUGGGUACAAUCAGGAGGACUCUGUUAUCAUGAACCGCUCUGCUGUGGACCGUGGAUUUUUCAGGUCUGUGUUCUACAGAUCAUAUAAAGAACAGGAAUCUAAGAAAGGCUUUGAUCAGGAGGAGAUAUUUGAAAAACCCUCACGUGAGACUUGUCAGGGAAUGCGACAUGCCAUCUACGACAAGCUAGAUGACGAUGGGCUCAUCGCACCAGGUGUGCGCGUGUCUGGUGAGGAUGUCAUCAUCGGGAAGACUGUGACACUUCCAGAAAAUGAUGAUGAGCUGGAUAGUACAAACAAACGCUAUACCAAGCGAGACUGCAGCACUUUCCUACGUACCAGCGAGACUGGCAUUGUGGAUCAGGUCAUGGUCACGCUCAACCAGGAGGGGUACAAGUUCUGCAAGAUCAGAGUUCGUUCAGUUCGAAUCCCCCAAAUCGGAGACAAGUUUGCCAGUCGACAUGGACAAAAGGGUACCUGUGGUAUCCAGUACAGGCAAGAGGACAUGCCCUUUACAUGUGAAGGAAUUACUCCUGAUAUCAUCAUUAACCCCCAUGCCAUCCCUUCUCGAAUGACAGUCGGCCAUUUGAUCGAGUGUCUGCAGGGCAAGGUAUCGGCAAACAAAGGGGAAAUUGGUGAUGCCACACCUUUCAAUGAUGCUGUGAACGUGCAGAAGGUCUCUAACCUGCUGGCUGAAUAUGGGUAUCACCUGAGGGGUAAUGAGGUGUUAUAUAACGGGUUCACGGGUCGUAAGCUCACCUCACAGAUCUUCAUUGGGCCCACAUACUACCAGCGUUUGAAACACAUGGUGGAUGACAAGAUCCACUCUCGGGCCCGCGGGCCAGUCCAGAUCCUCAACAGACAGCCUAUGGAGGGUAGAUCUCGUGAUGGAGGGCUACGUUUCGGCGAGAUGGAACGUGACUGUCAGAUUGCUCAUGGAGCUGCCCAGUUCCUGCGGGAGAGGCUGUUUGAGGCCUCCGAUCCAUACCAGGUUCAUGUGUGCAACCUGUGUGGCCUGAUGGCCAUUGCCAACACCCGCACACACACCUACGAGUGCAGGGGCUGCCGCAACAAAACACAGAUCUCCUUGGUCAGGAUGCCCUACGCCUGCAAGCUUCUCUUCCAGGAACUGAUGUCUAUGAGCAUCGCCCCACGUAUGAUGACCAGUUAAGAGAAGUUGCAUUUCUUGCUCUGUUGGAACUUAAAUGUCCUGAAGAAGCAGUCUUGACCCCAUCACUGACUGCAGGGUAGAACAGGUUUGCUGAAAAUCUGGUGCAGUCAUUCUUUCCUUUGCUUGUUGGAUUCUUUCAAAAAAUUUUUUUUUUUUUUUUUUAAAUUUUCUUUUAAAUUUGUGAUGUGGCUAUUGCAGAGAGAUGGAGACCCUGUUUAGGUUAAUUUGUAAUAUGAAUGAAUAAAGUGUGAUUUUUAAAUUGGUAUGUUUAGUCUUUCAUUAAACACGUUCCUGUGACGUGACACAAGCAGUAGUAGACCUUUUUAUUUUCCAAGUUAAUGGAAAGGCCUUCAGACAGCCAUUUCAGUCUUACAUUUCAUACAUGUGAAGAACUGAGACAUUAUAACCAUCUCUGGGGGGGAAAAAAGACAUUGUUCCAGCCAGCUUUGCUUGUCUAUUUAUUAGUGAAAGCAAUAUACAAUGCAGUGUAAACAUUCUAGUCUGUUUUCAGGAGCAUUAUAAAUGUGCGUACAGGAUGUUAUGAAAUUACUUUCUGAUAUGUAAAACACAUGAAGCCUUUCACCCUACUAAGGAGGUGAUUUUCUUUCUUCUUGCUCAUCUUCCCCCUUAUCAAGCUGCUUGUCUUGACAUGGUGUAGCAGUUAAAUACAUCUAAAAGCACCAGUAAGACUACAUGUUGCCCAAACAGGUAUCAUCUGCCUAAAGCGAUAUACUCAGCCCUCAUAACAGUGAAAAACCACAAGAAUGGCUUACAGAAAUAUGUGCUCAUUAUUCAGUAUAGCAUUUUGUCUCAUGCAGUUAUUUUGCUUCUAUAACUGGUGUUUUAUUUACCGCCUACUAUGUCUUUCACUCUGCAAAGCAUAUAGAUAUUAUGCUUCUUCCAUAACACAACCAACUACAUACAUCCUAUUUUCUAUAAUUAAGUCACAACCAAUCACAAACUUAAAUUAGGUAAAUAUGAAACUGAGUCAGAAAUAUUAUUAUUAAUUCAUUUAACUGACUUCUCUAAAACUGAUUUAUAAUAAUAAGAUACUUAAAAUUACUUACCCAUAUAUACAGCAGGGUAAUUCUUACCGGAGUAAUUCAGGGUAAGUGCACUAAACAUUUCUUAGUAAUGCUACACUGUGCCGGUAAAGGCAGUGUGUCCAUGAGGUUUGCAGAGUGAAACACACAGGCAUUGAUCUCAACUUUAUAUCAAUAUCUGUGAGCCAAACUAUGAGAAUAUCUUCAUUGAGGAAGUACCCUGCCUCAUACCCUAUGCUUCCAGGAUAGACUACUGUUACUAAUAAGAGGUUAAGUACUGAAUAUUUAUAAAGAUUAAUGAUGAUGAAUUAAUGAAAAUAUUAAAAGAUAAAAGCAUGAAUAAUAGUUUUGUUACAUGUAUUUUAAAAUAUGGUGGUGUCUAUUGUCAGGCAUAAAAAUAUACUUCUGGUAGGUCACAUAUAUUUCAAACAGUUUCAUCCAUAUAAUUUUUUUUUUCGUAAGUAAUAACAGUAAUUUGGCCCCCUCUCUGCAAGAAUUCACCUAACGGUGACUCCGCAGAACAAUUUAACCCUGUUUUACGAGCAAUGAUUGUAAUCUGUAUUAGGCUUUGGUCACAUACUUUUCCUUUCCCCCUGCAUCUCAUUUGAACAGCCUUAUAAAAAAUGGAGCUCCAUGCACAAUAAUUCUUCCUGAAGA